AUGGCGAGGGUAGUUGAGUGCCGCGCCAAGGCGUCUCCGAGCAGUGCCUCCGGCCUCAGGCUCUUCGGGUUCCACGUUUCCGACAAUAAUGCGGCAGCAGGUGACGCGGGAGGCGGUGGGAGGAGGUUCGAGUGCCAGUACUGCUGCCGGGAGUUUGCGAACUCGCAGGCGCUGGGCGGCCAUCAAAACGCCCACAAGAAGGAGCGCCAGCAGCUGCGUCGCCGGACCCUCCUCCACCGUCCCCCGCCCACGCUGGGAAACCUGGCACUCUGUCCCCGGAGCGAUCCCUUGGCCGCUGCAAAUUGGGUCGUCGGAUACGCACCGCCGCCGUACUACAAUUGCAUGGGAGCGCCGGCGUUCCGUGGUGGGCGCGCGCCUCUCAUCCGGUGGUGCAUAGACGAGGACCAUACGGUCGCCCGUGGUGCGGUGGUGGGAGAGGAUAGCGCGCAGGACAUCAUGGGGUUGGAUCUCCAACUUAGUCUCGCUCCGGCAGGUUCCUGA